AACAGUCAUGAGAGUGCAUGAGAGUCUCGAAGCCCUGAGGCCACCUGAGGCCCUGUAUACUACUAGUGUGAUACAUCCAGCAGAAUAUUCCUUUUCUUGCUCCGCUCCGUGGACACGGCAUAUGACGGCAUUCCAGCUGCGAUCUUCAUGAGUGGCAGCGUAGUUGCAUAGUAUAAUUGCAUGAUUGAAAUGUCAGCAGCGUAAACUAUCAACGUAUUUUCUGAUCUGGGAAGUAAUUACUGCAGCUGAGAACGUCAACAUGAUCCGCAAUAUCAUAAGGCAGACACUGCUGCCUCAGGCGGGCAUCUUGAACAAGGGCAUGGCUGCAACAAACCUAGCCCGUGCAGCCACAACCAAGCCUGCCAGCAAGGCAGUCAACUUGGACCACUUUGACCCAACGCAAGUUCAACUGUUGGAAGAGCAGUGCAUUCUAGUCGACGAGCAAGAUCGCGCUCUUGGAUCAUGCAGCAAGAAAGACUGCCACCUGAUGGAGAAUAUCAACAAGGGGUUCUUGCACAGAGCCUUCAGUGUCUUCUUAUUCAAUUCAAAAAAUGAGCUACUGUUACAGCAGCGGUCUGAUGCAAAGAUAACAUUUCCAGGUCGCUUCACCAACACCUGUUGCAGCCAUCCCCUCCACAUACCAGAUGAGUUAGAGGAAGCAGAUGCUCUAGGUGUCAAGAGAGCAGCACAGCGUAGGCUUUUCAUUGAGCUUGGAAUUGAUCCAAAUGAGGUGCCUGUGGAUGAGAUCCGGUACCUUACACGCAUCCUCUACAAGGCUCCCUCUGAUUCUACAUGGGGGGAAAAUGAAGUCGACUACAUCCUAUUUGUGCAUAAAGAUGUAGCCAUCAAACCCAAUCCCAACGAAGUGAAGGAAUCGCUUUACAUAUCCAAAAAGGACAUGUUACACUUCAUAUCCUCACUUGAAGUGCAAGGCCAGGUGAUAACACCGUGGUUCAAGCUCGUGGUGGAGAACUUUCUAUUUGAGUGGUGGGACAACCUGCACAACCUUAGCAAGUUUGAAGACCAUGCGACCAUACAUCGUUUGACAGCCAAGACCUCCUAGCAGCCUUUCAUUUUCAAUGGACCAGUCUCUGUGAAAGACUUUUUAACCGCUCUGAUACCUCACCCUAAUUCGUUGUUUUUACUGUUGCACCUGUUUUUAUUUAUCUUUAUAAGUUUUGUUAUAAUGUGACUCAUCUGUUCUGACAGUGAAUACAUGCUGGUGCUUAGAUUUUUAUAUGAGUAGUAAACACCAUCUAUAGCCAAGUCAGAGGAUUUCUGCAGUAGUUAGCAAGGUGGAGGAAGAUGCACGAUAGGAAAUUUGGCAUCUGCCCAGAAUUAGCACAUGGCUACUCAUAUCAGCUUUCUUGUAGCCUCAUGCUAUAUCAGGUGGGUGGGUGACAUGCAGCCAAGACACUGAAACUGAUUAAAGCUGCAUCUUAAAGAGACUAAGCAGCACCUUUGUCGAAGGGGCCUACCUUCAUAUCUGUGGCUUUUCAUAUCUUCUGGCCUUUGCAACUGCAGGGAAUAGCACCCAAUGCACUCUCUGACAUACUGUGUGCUCCCAUUCAGUAUGUGUGCCUCGAUGCAUACAGGUUGACAAAAAAUUAUUAAGGACAAACAUUCAGAAAUGUAAACAAGUGCAUGGCGAACGCCCUUUAAAGAAAAUCGUCUUUCGGUUUUAUUACAAGUCCCUUUUGUUUCAUUUUUUUAUUAAGAGUCACAUAACUUUCAAUGGGCAGCUUAACCUUGAGCUAGAAAGGGCAUGUUUUUCCGGUGCUAUACUACGUUCGUAUUAUCGCCUCCCAGCCAGUCUACAUGGGUCAGAAGGAAUGGGCUUGGUAAUUAUUAAAACAGAUGGCAAUUGUCUUCUGGCAUAAGGAAACAAUCAUUUUUUUUUUAUGUGUUAACAGCAUGAGUUGCACUUCCAGAGUGACAGCUGGGCAUGUGGGUCAUGAUUGCGUGGAAACCUCUCCGUACUUAAUGCAGUGCAGCUGUGAUGUACAGCAACAGUGCUGUUUUUACUGUUCGACAUUGCUAGUCUCAGUAGUUAGAUGUACAGUCACGAGCAAAAGUCUAGAGACCACGGAUACCAUGAAAAACUUCGUUAUUCGCAGCCUAGGCGUGCAGGCCGGAAUCAAGUGGUACAGCCUAUGUGCACCUGUUUACCAAUGUAACACAUUGAGAUAAUUUCAUGUUGCAUGGCUAUAGUAGAUGAAAUUUAAAAUUUUUUGCUGAUGCAGUCAUCUAUACUUUGGGUCCCGGCAGUACAUCAGUAGGAGAGCCUACUGCCCCAUCUUGCACUUGACCAUCUGACUGCUGCAGAUGAAGCAUCAGAGUGCAUUUUGUGCAUGUUGUUAGUUUAACUAAUCCCUAUGUAAUCUUGUAUGAGGUUAUAUUUAUGCCACUGAGACUUAUCCAUCGUAGCAACAGUUUUUUUGGAUUUGAGCAGUGGCUUAUAAAACCUGACUUUCCUAACCAAAGGCAUGUUAAUUGUUUCAAGGAGAGCACUUGCUGACUUCAUGACCUGUAGAACACGUAACACUGCACAAAUAUGUUUACCAGUGAGAAUGAGUGGCUCUCAACAGUUGGGGUCCAUCGAUUUACAAUGAGCAUAGCUCUUGGAGUUUUGUUUGGUAAAAUAAAUAGUUUACACUUGAAGGCCAUUUUAUUAUGUCUCCAUCUAUCACAUUAUGUAUACGGCAUGAAUUCAGUGGUUGCAGAUACAGAUAGUUGCACACUUAUUUCGGUAUUCCGGUAGCAGAUCAUUGUUUUGACGCUUUAAUUGGUGAUAAUCAGACAUUAUCAGUAUCUUGAUCUGACCUCGGCUUAUAUGUGUUGAAAUCUCUGGCGUAGUUUGGAGGUUAUAAUCUUUUUUUGUUCAAAAAUGCUUUUCACAUACGUACCUGCUUGUCCCACCUUAAAUAAAGAAAUCUAUUGUUGCAUAACAA